AAAAGCCAGACGCACUUUGGAGUUCAGUGCCGGGACGUAGCAGUCCUCUCAUCUCACACUCGGUGCUCCGCCCGACCUUCUCUCUCCUCUGCCUGCUCUCGUGUCUCCUCUCCUGAACAGAGCCAAACGGAAAGAAGCGUCUGCCGGGGAAAUAUUCUACGCUCUCUGGACUGGAUGGGAAGAAGGAGAAUCUUUGACCUUGGAAAAUGAAGAUGUUGUUGCCAUGGGAACUGUUAAUCCUUCUGUUACUCAAAGAGUGCCUGGCUGAGAAUACACGCCAUGGUCCUGUCUUCACCCAGGAGCCGAGUGACAGCAUUUUCCCCCUGAGUAUUGACGAUAAGCAGGUGUUCAUUAAUUGUAACGCAAGAGGAAACCCAACUCCUCAUUAUAGGUGGAAAAUGGAUGGGGAGGAGAUAAACACAGAGUCGGAUCCGAACUUCAGCCUGGUGGAGGGGAACCUGCUGAUCAGUGACCCUCGUGUCAUGGAUCAUGCAGGAGUGUAUCAGUGCAUCGCCACCAACACAUUCGGGACUGUCGUCAGCAGGGAGGCAAAGGUCCAGUUUGCAUUUCUGCACAACUUUAGCAUGAAGUCCAGGAACACGGUGUCGGUGAGAGAGGGUCAAGCCGUGGUUCUUCUGUGCGGGCCUCCACCCCAUUACGGAGAAAUCAAAUAUUCCUGGGUUUUCAACGGUCAGCGGAGCUUCCUGCAACAGGACGCCCGUCGCUUUAUCUCUCAGAGGACAGGCAACUUGUACGUGGCCAAAGUUGAAGCCUCCGACGCGGGGAACUACACGUGUGCGGUGAGAAACAUGAUGACCAACGCCACAGUGCUCAGCUCUCCAACCCCUGUGGUGGUGCGGAGAGACGUGAUGGGCGAAUACGAGCCAAAGAUUGAGGUUCAGUUUCCCGACACCCUUCACAUCUCGAAAGGAUCAUCAGUGAAACUGGAAUGCUUCGCCUUAGGAAACCCGGUGCCUUCCAUCUCCUGGAGAAGAGCUGAUGGAAAUCCACUCCCUGGAAAGAUUAAAAUCAACCACUCCAGUGGGGUUCUGGAAAUCCCAUAUUUUCGCCCAGAGGAUGCCGGUGUGUACGAGUGUGUUGCCGAAAACAGCAGAGGACGAAAUGUAGCCAGAGGGCAGCUUCUAUUCCAGAAUGUUGAGCAUCUGCACUGGGUCCAGACACUGAAAGAUGCUCAUAUGGCAAUAGAUGCUAAUCUGCAGUGGGAAUGUAAAGCCAGUGGGAAGCCGAGGCCGGCGUACAGAUGGCUGAAGAACGGUCAGCCGCUGACACCAGAGGGGAGGAUCCAUGUGGAAGAUGGCAGGCUGACCAUAUCCAGCAUCACUCUGUUGGACUCGGGGAUGUUUCAGUGUGUGGCAGAAACUGAGCACGGAGCUGCCUAUGCCAGCGCUGAGCUCAAGGUUGUUGCCUCCCCACCGGACUUCACCCGACGGCCCGUGAAGAAGUCAACAGUGAUGCAGCGGGGGGGCGAGGUGGUGCUGGAGUGUCGCCCCCACGCUUCCCCCAGGGCCGCAAUCUCCUGGUGGAGAGGGGGGGAACUCCUCCAGGGGGGCAAGAGACAGACUAUCACGGAGGAUGGGACUCUACGUAUCACCAACAUCUCCAAAUCUGACGGAGGCAGGUACACAUGCUUGGCCAAAAACCACUUUGGAACAUCCAGCAGCACAGGAACGCUGGUCGUAAAAGAUCCAACAAAGAUUAUAGUCCCACCCUUGAGUUUGGAUGCCAGCGUUGGACAGAGCCUCGUGCUGCCAUGCGAGGUGUCCAGUGACUCGUCCCUGAGUCCCAUCUUCAAGUGGUUUUUCAACGGGAAAGCAAUAGAUUUCAGCAGGCAGGAGCACUUUGAGAUGAUAGGAGGGGGAUUUGCAGGUGACCUGAUGGUGAGGAACAUUCAGCUAAAGCAUUCUGGGAAGUACGUGUGUAUGGUGCACACUGAAGUUGACACUGUCUCAGCAGCAGCAGACUUAAUUGUCAGAGGACCCCCUGGUGCCCCGGAGAGCCUGGUGGUGACGGACAUCACUGACACCACUGUGCAGCUGUCCUGGGGCUCGGGACCUGACAACCACAGUCCUGUCACCAGGUACAUGGUGCAGGCCAGGACCCCCUUCUCCAUAGGCUGGCAGACUGUGAGAACAGUUCCUGAUUCUGUGCCUGGACAGAUGAUGCGUGCAACAGUGAGAGAUUUGAACCCCUGGGUGGAUUAUGAAUUCAGGGUGGUUGCAAUCAACAGUGUUGGUGUUGGAGAACCCAGCACGCCUUCAAAACAGACCCGAACCAAAGCAGCAGUUCCCAAGGUUGCACCAGUUAGUGUGAGUGGUGGCGGAGGAGCUCGAGGAGAACUUGUCAUCAUGUGGGAGCCGGUUUCAGAGGAACAGCAGAGCGGAGAGGACUUUGGCUACGUUGUGGCUUUCCGCCCACUUGGCAGCAGCACCUGGAUCCAGACAGUGCUGGUGUCGCCUGAUGCAUCGAGAUAUAUAUACAGAAACGAAAGCAUCGCUCCUCUGUCCCAGUUUGAAGUGAAAGUGGGAAUCUACAACAGCAUGGGAGAGGGGCCGUUCAGCCGCAUCCUGACCGUUUUAUCCGCAGAGGAAGAGCCCUCCGAGGCGCCAUCCAGAGUAUGGGCCCGUGCUGUGUCAGCGUCUGAGAUCGAGGUGUACUGGCAGCCUAUUGCCCCCGGGUCCAGCAGCGAGAAGAUCAUUGCAUAUGAGGUUCUCUUCUGGGAGGAAGGGUCUGAGCAGAGUGAAGCGGAGGCAGCGAGGGUUAUCGACACCAAGGCUCUGCUCUCCGGCUUGAAGGGCAGCUCAGCCUAUCAGAUCGCAGUCAGAGCCCAGAACAGCGCCGGCCUCGGACCCUGCAGCCGCGCUCUCAACAUCACCACCAAGAAACCAC